UUCACUUCAGGUUCAUUCUCCACAUUGCUUUUUAGGAAAAAUCUUUAUUUAUUUUAUUUUAUACAAGAAAAACAACAAGUUUUCCUUCUUUUCCAAUUGUUAUAUAUAUAUAUAUAUUUUAACCUUUAAUAUUAAAACUUGAACAGUGAAUAUGUAUUUUCAUAUCAAUGAACUAAAUAGUGUAUAGUGAAGAAGCAUUUAUAAUUGUUUGGAUACAAAUUUGAUGAAUUUUUUUUUACAUAAUUAUAUUAAUUCAAGGUCACGGUCACUUGUCAAACAGUGUGUUUUUUAUCAGAAAAUUUUGUGGAAUUCAUCAAAAUCGCAUAAUUAAUAAAAUCAUUUAAAUUCAGAAUGAUGGCUUUAUCAAGAAUUGGAAAUUGUCAAAACUUAUCUAAUUCGAUGAGUUGGGGUUAUUUCGUCAAACACGCAACUGUCAAAUCAACAUUCUACGGAGAAAAUGAAACAAUGAAAAAAGGAUUUCAUAUUUCUAAAGUUAAUAAAUAUCCAGAAGCUCCAAUUUUACGUUUACCGAUGAAUGUCUCGGAAAUUUUUGCCAAUGAAACAAGUCGUUUUACUCCAGAAAGAAUUCGCGAUAUUUAUAGUUCAACUGAUGUUAAACAAUUUUCAAAUUCAUCGAAAAUAAUAAAUCUCGAUUUACAUGUGGCAUCGUACGAUUGUUUUGGAACUGUUAGUUUAAACAGUUCCAUGCAAACAAAUGUGCCAAAACCAUUUAAUUCCACUGGAAAAUCAAAUUAUUUAAAUAUGCCAGGUGGACAAUGGGCUCGUGAUGAAAAAUACAUUGCUGAUGAUAUGCAAAAGUCACAUUACAAAUGUCAACUUUUAAAACAGAAUAAAAAAAAUGGUUCUUUUAGAAAUUCUAUCGCUUUGAAUUCACAAUCAAGAAAUUAUUCCACACAAUCAAAUACAAUAAAUCCAUCAACUGCGAAAUCUUCAAAAACUGAAGAUUCAAAUUUAAAACUAACAACAAAACAAAAAUUGGAUAUUCUUAUAAAAGAUUACGGAAAAACUAUUAUAGUCUUCCACGUUGGAAUAUCAUUAUUGUCACUUGGUGGUUUCUACUUCGCUAUUUCUAGUGGACUCGAUAUGCAUGAAAUAGUAUCGACAAUGUGUAACGAUGAAAUGACGACUAAACUAUUGUCUGAAUCAUCAACAUUUACAUUAGCAUAUGGUAUUCAUAAAUUAUUUGCACCCAUACGGAUUAUGAUAACAUUAGCAGUGGCUCCAGCUUUAGUAAGAUUUUUAAGAAGAAAAGGAAUUUUGAAACAUCCAGAAAUAAUUAAGAAAUUAAAGGAAGCUAAAUUACAAAAUAAUCAAAAAACAUAAAUAAAUAUUCUAUAAAAAAAAAAUUUGUAAAUUUUCUAAAUAAAAUUUAUUAUUAUUAUUACAAA